AUGGGAGAGGGGCUAACACUCUUCCCAGAGAUUCAGGUAAGCACUCCUCCUCCUCCUCCUCCUCCUCCUCCUCCUCCUCCUCCUCCUCCUCCUCCUCCUCCUCCUCCUCCUCCUCCUCCUCCUCCUCCUCCUCCUCCUCCUCCUCCUCCUCCUCCUCCUCCUCCUCCUCCUCCUCCUCCUCCUCCUCCUCCUCCUCCUCCUCCUCCUCCUCCUCCUCCUCCUCCUCCUCCUCCUCCUCCUCCUCCUCCUCCUCCUCCUCCUCCUCCUCCUCCUCCUCCUCCUCCUCCUCCUCCUCCUCCUCCUCCUCCUCCUCCUCCUCCUCCUCCUCCUCCUCCUCCUCCUCCUCCUCCUCCUCCUCCUCCUCCUCCUCCUCCUCCUCCUCCUCCUCCUCCUCCUCCUCCUCCUCCUCCUCCUCCUCCUCCUCCUCCUCCUCCUCCUCCUCCUCCUCCUCCUCCUCCUCCUCCUCCUCCUCCUCCUCCUCCUCCUCCUCCUCCUCCUCCUCCUCCUCCUCCUCCUCCUCCUCCUCCUCCUCCUCCUCCUCCUCCUCCUCCUCCUCCUCCUCCUCCUCCUCCUCCUCCUCCUCCUCCUCCUCCUCCUCCUCCUCCUCCUCCUCCUCCUCCUCCUCCUCCUCCUCCUCCUCCUCCUCCUCCUCCUCCUCCUCCUCCUCCUCCUCCUCCUCCUCCUCCUCCUCCUCCUCCUCCUCCUCCUCCUCCUCCUCCUCCUCCUCCUCCUCCUCCUCCUCCUCCUCCUCCUCCUCCUCCUCCUCCUCCUCCUCCUCCUCCUCCUCCUCCUCCUCCUCCUCCUCCUCCUCCUCCUCCUCCUCCUCCUCCUCCUCCUCCUCCUCCUCCUCCUCCUCCUCCUCCUCCUCCUCCUCCUCCUCCUCCUCCUCCUCCUCCUCCUCCUCCUCCUCCUCCUCCUCCUCCUCCUCCUCCUCCUCCUCCUCCUCCUCCUCCUCCUCCUCCUCCUCCUCCUCCUCCUCCUCCUCCUCCUCCUCCUCCUCCUCCUCCUCCUCCUCCUCCUCCUCCUCCUCCUCCUCCUCCUCCUCCUCCUCCUCCUCCUCCUCCUCCUCCUCCUCCUCCUCCUCCUCCUCCUCCUCCUCCUCCUCCUCCUCCUCCUCCUCCUCCUCCUCCUCCUCCUCCUCCUCCUCCUCCUCCUCCUCCUCCUCCUCCUCCUCCUCCUCCUCCUCCUCCUCCUCCUCCUCCUCCUCCUCCUCCUCCUCCUCCUCCUCCUCCUCCUCCUCCUCCUCCUCCUCCUCCUCCUCCUCCUCCUCCUCCUCCUCCUCCUCCUCCUCCUCCUCCUCCUCCUCCUCCUCCUCCUCCUCCUCCUCCUCCUCCUCCUCCUCCUCCUCCUCCUCCUCCUCCUCCUCCUCCUCCUCCUCCUCCUCCUCCUCCUCCUCCUCCUCCUCCUCCUCCUCCUCCUCCUCCUCCUCCUCCUCCUCCUCCUCCUCCUCCUCCUCCUCCUCCUCCUCCUCCUCCUCCUCCUCCUCCUCCUCCUCCUCCUCCUCCUCCUCCUCCUCCUCCU